CUAGACAGUAGACACUAGUUGUCAAUUGCGCAUAUACAAAGUAACGUCGAGCGAAAUUACGGUCGAUAGAAUUGUAAGGAAAGGAAAGGUUCAAUUGUGAAUAGCUGUUCAAAGAUUCUUGGAAUCGGCAGCCCAAGUAAGCAGUUCGUAAAGAUGCACAGAGAAUCCAUUAUAUGCUGUAGACGUGAUAGAGAAAUAAGAAAAAAAAUAAUAACACCGGGCGACUAUACAAUAGUGCCGUACGAAGAUUCUCGAUGUAAGAUCCGAUUAACCGAUGUAUACUGUAAAAAUGCAGACGGCGUUUGUGAAAUGGAACCUCUAAGUCGUAUAUUCAAUUCCCCGUUCGAUGGAAACGUUAUCAUUGGAGACAUGGAUGCAUUCGUCGAUAGAGAUGUCGAAUUAAUCCUUCAACAAAUGUGCUGCGGCGAGCUGUGUAUCGCACAUUUAACAUAUAAGAACACUCACGGGGAUCUCAUGUUGGAUAUAACUUGUAAAAUAGAGUUACUAGACGUAACCGAGGAGCAGUUGAUCAGUGACUGGAGCUGGGCGAGAUUGUACGAGUCGGCGAUGCAUCACAAGGAACGUGGGGUUCAAAUGAUCAAAGAUAAAAGAACCGUCGAUGGGUUCAGGCGGUUUUCCAAAGCUUAUAAGAUGUUGGUUGCCAUGGAACCUGUUGAUAAAGACACCUUAGAUGAGGAAAGAGCAAAAGAGUUAAUUGAUAUAAGGGUGAAACUUUACAACAAUAUGGCGCACUGUCAACUGCAGUUUGAAGAAUUUGGUGCUUCCUUGGAACUUUGCUGCAGAGCCCUUAAGUAUGAUCCUGAAAACACUAAGGCUUUAUACAGACGCUGCAUGGCUUACAUUGGCCUCCACAUGUACGAAGAAGCCUGGGAAGAUAUCCAGAAGGCAUUAGCCAUAGAUCCUAACGACAAAGCUUCCCAAUUAAAAGCCUCGGAGCUGAGGCCUCAUAUUGAAAAAAUAAACAAAGAUUAUGCAAAAGUUAUUAAAAAAAUGUUUGGUUAAUUUU